GAUGACGUCAAAUUCAAGAUGGAUGGAAUCACUGCGGCGGCGCGCGGCACUAAAAUCUAAAGCAACAAAAAAUAAUAACCGAAAGCAGAGGAUCGUCCGGCGACUUUUUCCAAAGUUUGAGACACCCGUGAGAGUGGACUAGAUCAUGGAAGGAUUACUUCACUACAUCAAUCCAGCACAUGCCAUCUCUCUCCUGAGUGCUCUCAAUGAAGAUCGUCUAAAAGGCCAGCUGUGUGAUGUAGUCCUAAUUGUUGGUGACCACAAAUUCCGGGCCCAUAAGAAUGUUCUGGCUGCCAGCAGUGAUUACUUCCGGGCUUUAUUUACUAAGAAAGAGAACGAGAGCCAGUCAGUCUUCCAGCUGGAUCUCUGUGAAGCACCUAUUUUUGAAAAUGUUCUGAAUUACAUCUACUCUUCAUCCCUCUUCAUAGAGAAGAAAAGUCUAGCAGCCAUCCAUAAUCUAGGUGGUGACCUUGGUAUCUCUUUUCUCACCAGCAUCCCAUCGCAGACACCUCAGAUUUCUUGCACACCAGGUCCUACUAAAAAGCUGAGUAAAGUCGAUGAUGGCAGUAGCUCCCAGCCACGAAGUGUCAUUGUAUGUCAGAGUCGCAAUGACCUUGAUAAAAAUAGCAACGAGUCUGAAGCAAAGGGUGGUGAUUCCACUCAGAAAAAGGAAACAUCAGAGGAAGAACCAAGACACAGUAUUAAAUCCUCAUCUUUGAUGAAUGCCUUAAGAGCAAAUUCUAGUGCUGUGGCUAGAGAUGUUGAGACGACUCAUCUAUUGGAAGAUAAAGGACAACCAACGUUAAAGGAUAUGCCAAGUACUUCAGGCAACACAAAAUACCACGAAGCCAUCAAAUCUUUGGAAGAACGAAAUGGUAGGAUGAGAUUUUGGUGGGAUAGGAAAAGUUCCAUGAGCAUGGAUGGCACUUCGAGUUUCACUGGCAAUGUUUCUGAUACAAGGCAAAGUCUGACUGACCUCCUGGUUAAUGGAAAGCCUUUGUCUAGGCCACAACUAACACCUGCAUUCUCAUUUCAUGGAACCACAGGAUUUGCAUAUUCCCAACAAAAAUCUGGGCACACAGUAAAUCCUGGUAUGAUGGAAGAGAAUAAUUUGUUGUAUUAUACCAAGGUGGGGCCCACAGUUCAACCUCCAAGAUUGCAGUCUAAUAGCCAGAGUGUUGUCAGCAGUGGUCCACUAGUGAAAAGUUUACUUCGGAGGUCAUUGUCAAUGGAUAGUCAGGUCCCUUGUUACUCUUCUCCUCUUGAUCAGAAACUGAACUAUGGAUCAUCAUCAGUGUGUAAGCCUGAACCACUGGAGUUGGCCUGCGAUGUAUCAUCUCAAAAGCUGUUAAAUGCAGAUACAAUAAAGCAACAGCUUCAAAAAGAUAUGCCUCAGGUUGGGCAGACGUGUCGUCCAAAACAACUUGGUGUAUCUCGGCCUGCAGAUGCUGAGGUCAUCGCAUUAUCAACAGCUGUUAAAGUGAAAACAGAACCUUGUAGUCCCGUCUCAGAAACUUCUGAUAUAAUUCGGGUUACUGUGGGAGAAACUUCACCAUCUACCAGUAAAGAAUUCGCAGUGAAAAAUGCAGAGGGGAACAGAAGAACAUCAAUGCUACCAGUGAAGAGAAGAUUCCAGGCUGAAAAUGCAAAGUUUUCUUUUGAAAAAUCAGAAUCUUUCCAACAUUCUCCCAAAAUAACUCAAAGCUUUCUGGAAAGUUCAAGCCCUACUACAGGUGAUGCUAAUCCCGAUUUGUUGAAGACUGAUGAGAACAAGGAGGAAUAUUCUGAUCCUGAAUCAGCAGUAACUGGUAAGCAGUUCAAAUGCAGGACCUGCUUCAAGAUAUUCCGAUCUACAACAGGCCUUUUCCGCCACGUUGACAUGUACCAUAAUCCAGAUAAGCCAUAUGCCUGUGAUAUCUGCCACAAGAGAUUUCUUACCAAUUUCAAAGUUUGGACACACUGCCAAACACAACAUGGAGUAGUUAUCAAUCCGUCGGCAGCCACCAGCUCUGGUCCAGUUUCAGAAGAAAAAUUUCAUAAGAAACUGAGUGACAUGAUACGUGAGAGGGAGAUCAAGAAGGCCCUUUUUCACAAGUUGCGCCGCAAGCAGAUCUCUCAUAGUUACCCAGGGCUACGAUCAGAACAAGGAUUCAAAAAGAAUUUGAAGUCUGUAACCAAAGGUGUAUACAUCUGCACAACAUGUGGAAAGCUGUUCCGCUUCUUGUCGCGUUAUAGACAACACAUGAAGACCCAUCCAGGUGAGAAGCCCUUUGUUUGCAAGCUCUAUAACAAGGCUUUCAAGUCAAAAGAACAAGGUAUUACUGAAAAUCUGAGUGAAGAUAGUACUGAACAUCAGUGUGAGCAUUGUAAUACCAAGAUGCCAUCGAUGGCAGAGAAGGCAAAACAUGAGAGGAUUUGUAGGAAUGUUACUGUGUGCUGCUACUGUAGCCUUAGGUUCUGUUCCAGAGAACUAAAGCAAGAGCACGAAAGUCAGUGUGAAUACAAGAAACUAACCUGCCUAGAGUGUAAACGUACAUUUAAGUCCUCUUUCAGCAUUUGGCGUCAUCAGAUCGAAGUCCACAAUGAAAAUACAAUGGCUCCAGUAGAACAGUCUUGCUUGAAUUCAGUAGGUCAUAAUGGUUUAUUGCCAAAGGAAGGUCAGACUGAAGUUGGAGAACACUCAGUAGCCAGCCCCAGUACUUCAAAGGAUGACGAAGUAUGCACUGAUUCUUCAGAACCUAUGUAUGUUGAUUCUGAAGACUCCUCUUGCUUUCCUGAAGAUCUGAGUGUCUCAAGUUGCAGGAAUACCAACACUAAAGAUGAUCAUCUCUCUGAUGAGGUCUCUUCUAAUCCCAUCCAUUUGGAAGGCAUAGCCUCUGAAUCAAACAGUUGUAGUGGGGAACCAGCAGACCUAACAUACAAACGAGAACAUGGACUUUGGCCAUGUGAAAAAUGUGGCAAGCUCUUCACACUCCAUAAGCAGCUGGAGCGUCAUCAGGAACUGCUGUGUGCUGUUAAGCCAUUCAUUUGCCAUGUUUGCCAUAAAGCCUUCCGUACCAACUUCCGUCUUUGGAGCCACUUCCAGUCUCACAUUUCUCAGUCAGGAGAACAUCUUGAAAUCUCUAAACCUGCAAGAAGUCCUUCUCGUGUUCCGCCUCCUCCACCCCCGCCACCACCUCAAGAGCACUCCCCUGACCCUGAACCCUCCUCAAAUCGCUCAGAUAGGUCCCGCAGCCCACAGGCAUCAGAUACACUUUUUUCACAGGCCCCUCCUCUUGCAGCAGCUACCUUUCAAAGGCCAUUCAUGUGCAAAUUUUGCCGCAGGACUUUCAAGACCGCUUUCAGUUUGUGGAGCCAUGAACAGACACACAACUGAUACAAGAUUUAAUUCUAUGAUUUCUACGGAAUUCCACUAGAUUUAUUGAAAAGGUGCAAAGAGCAUGGGCUGACUAUAAGGCAAUAUAAAUGUUUAGUAUAUUGAAGAGUUUGUUAAGAAAGCUGUAAAGUAAUAUAUAAAACUGGUAUUACUGAUAAAAGAAAGUAAAAUGUCUAGAGUUUUUAAAAAAAAAUCCAUCGUUGUUAUUCCGGUGCUAUAUAGAAGCAUAUUUUUAUGUGAUGGGAGUUUACCAGUAUUAUAUAAUCUUCAUUUAAAUAGGACUGGAUUAAUACUGUUGAACCAGUUGAUGCAUUGAGAUGGCUGCUUACAAUGUGGUUUUAAAAUUGAAUAACAUGAAGUUUAGAUAAUAUUAAAGCAAUUUUAUUACAUUAGCAACAACUUAAUUAACAAUUACUGGGUCAGUUGUUUUGACAGAUUGACUGUUAGAUUGGAUGGAAUCAAAUACAAUGUUGCAUUUAUCAGCACAGCAAAGACUACAGACACGAUGGUUAAGUUCUAUGGAUGUGUUGCAAUUCAUUGUUCAAUCAGUGUAGAUUUAACUCAUUAAAAGCUCCUUGGAAUUAAUUGGGAUCUCCUACAACAAAUGAAUUGUAAACCAGUCAGGAGAUUGGAGAAGGAACUGAAACAUGGUUGUCAAUCACUCUUUACCAGUUAGUACCGUGGAUGAGAAGCUACUGCAAGCAAUGGAAUUUUAACUGAGGUGACUCCAAGAAAUAAUUUGCAACCUCCAGCCAGAAAGGGAUAAAGAUUAUCUUUAUUCAUGUGCUCUCAGUCAUUCAAUCAUUUUAUACUGUACCUAUUAAACAAAAAGUGCUUCCAUUGUGAGAUUUGAAAUACACAUUGAAAUUCGUUUUUAAAAGUAUGUUGUGAUGAGGACCAGAAUUAGCAGACAAGACGAAUGAAAGUUCCAAAUAGUUUGAGAAAGGAACCAACUACUAUGUCCAAGAACCAUAUUAAUCCUCCAACAGCAUAUGUGUAUGUUGAAAGAUGAUAACUGGAACUUUAAUGGGGAACAGUAGAAUGGGCACAGUACUCCCACCACAAGUUCUCUUUUGUGUGAUAGACAAUGUUCAGGUUUGUUUGCUUAAUAACUGAGUUCUUUAAGUCUAUUACAAUAUAUUCAAAGUUAGUGAAAUAAUGAUUUGCUAAUAAUGACAAUAAAUGAGAUCAUGGAAGAGGAUAUGUCUUUCAGAAUUAUGUACAGAAUGUCCAAUCAGGCCAAUUUGUAAUAAAUGAAUAGUGUUUUUAUUAUAAUCUGGCUUAACAGUGAAAUACAAUGGCACAGAAAAUAGAGCAUUACACUGACUUUGUUUUUGUUGAAUAUAAUCUCAGGAAGGUCAAUAGUGUAGUGCAGCAGAGUGGAUAGCUCAUUGCCAUUGCAUUUGUUUGUAAGAACUUAAAUUUCCAUAGAGUCUGCCAGUGACUGAAGUUGUCAUUCAGUAUCCUUCAUUUCAGGCCAUAAGUAUGUUUUGCAUAAUAAUAUUUCUUUUUUUUUACAUGGAAUUAAUAGAAAGACAUCUGGUUAGUAUAUGUUUGACAUUCAAAUAUGAAUUAUCUGACCAGAAUCUGCUGUAGGGAUAGUGCUGUAUUGAAAACAUACUGGCAUGUCCAGACCAGUAAGAUCAUAACAGUUCUGAUUUUCCUGAUCUGCAUCCAGUUGUGAUUUACAUUAAAAUGAUUUGAAGGACCAGAUAAAGUCUUUCUCAUUUUACCCAAGCAGAAAAUUAGAAAGCUUCUAUUAAUACUGGCAGGACUAUUGCUUAUAUCUGUAAUAUAAUUAUCAGUGCAAAAUUCAUCUUAAUGCAGAAGAAAUCGGGUAGCUUAAUUUUUCAUUGUAGCUAAACAUUAAUUCUCAGAAUUGUUAUUUUAAAGGACAGUAUACAGUCUGCAGCUUUGGACAUUUUCAGCUUAAUUCUUGAGUUAAUGAACUUCGUAUUACCAGCAUAGAAUAUAAUUGUGUAAAUCUUUAUUUCCAGGUAAAUGUCAUUUAUGGCAGUCAACAAGGAACAGAAGUCAAUAUAUCAUUCCCUAUAAUCUUGAUAACUGAUUGCUUUUAAAAUUGGAACUCUAGCGCCAAAUGAAGUCUUUUUAAGUUAAAAAGAUCUUUCUCAUAAUAAAACUGCUCCACUCUUAGCUUGGAAU